AUGUCUAGCCGAGCGAAGCGCAAGUUCGACAUCGACCCCAACGCAUCCGAUCCCGACGAUUACGAUUACGACGACUCGGAAAAACGCGCCGCGCCCCAACGACGCCGUAAUCGACACACGCCAGGAGCUAAGAAGAAGCCUUCUAAGCGCCAGCGACGCGCAUACGGCGGCUCCGAUAUCGACGACGACGACGAGAUAGAGUCCGACGAUUCCUUCACAGAGCGCUCCGAGUCGGAGGAGCCCGAGAUCAACCCUGCGACAGGCAGAAGCGUGCGCCGCGCUACCAAGAAGCAGAUCAAGUACGAGGAGAGUGAGGACGAAAUCGAAGAUACGCCAUCGGAAGACGAGGCGCCCAAGCCUGCAUCGCGACGCCGAGCACAGCCAUCUAUCGAAGAAGUCGAGAAGCCUUCGCUCAUUGUGAAGCUGAAGAUGCCUGAUCACGCCUCUGGGCGCAACCUGCGCACACGCACAGGCAGCAAAUCCCUUGCGCGUGGAAGGACACCCGAAGUACAUGGCACGCGACGGAGUAAUCGCUUGUCGCACGAUGUUGAAGAACCCAUUGUCGAGCUUACAGAUUCCGGCAGGCACGUCAAGGUCGUGCGCGAAGGCACUCGCAGCCCCGAGCCCGUCAUCGCGCGCGCCACUCGAGGUGGCAAAGGCCCGAGAGUUCAGCAUCCCAGUGCCAUCAUGGAAGCGUCACAAGAGACCUCGAUGAUUCGCGAGGACAGUCCUGGUCCUCUUGACACGCUUCUCGCUGGCGAAGAAACUCAAGUUAAGGCCAGCAAGGACAGUUCACCCGUACAAGAAGCCCAGCAGGACGACGCUGAAGGUGAAGACGACGACGACAUGGAAGGUGUCAUCCAGGAGUCGCAGCACGACGAAGCCGCUGCUGAGGAUUCUGACGAGGAAGGUCCAGUCACCCGCGGGGGUCGCAACGCGAGAACCCGUGCCGUUUCAGCCAAACGCAAAAAAGGCGCCGAUGAGAGCAGUGACUUCGAGCCUCCAGCCGAUGACGACAAAGAAGAGGAGAUGUCCGAGUCAGAUCACGAAAAGGCCAAGGGCUCGGCAUCCGAAAGCGCAUCAGGGUCAGGACGACGCUCAAACCGACUACGAGGGAAGAAAAGUCGGUCGCAGCGUAGCAGGCGCAAUUCUAGUUCCGAGGAGUCAAGGCUGGAUCAAGACGAACUACAAGAUGAGCUUCAAGACUUGGAGUACAACAAACGACGGCGCCUUUCUCGACGUAACCCUGACAAAGACCUGGCGUACGACGAAGCGCCAAAACGUCGCGCCCGCAACGCCCCAGAUUAUCGUGUUGUUCGACCAGAGCAGAAUACUAUCUUCGAGAACGAUGACGACGAUGCGCCGGCUAUGGAGCGACCUAGGGCAAGAGGUGGACGUUCCACAUACAAAAGCCUAUGGCGUAGUCAGGGCCCCUUCGGUGGUGGCGUGGAGGCUGGCAUGGGAGCUGCAGGUGGUGACUCUGACAGCAGUGAAGAUGAGAACCAGAAGAUGCCCAAGCCUGUCGGCGGCAUGGUCGGCAUGACUCCUACUACGGCGACUGCCCCUGCCUUCGGGUUUCCUCAGACUCAUAAUGCAGACCCUAAACAAGACUCUGGCGGUGGCCCCGCAAAUCUGGGCAAGGUCAAAGACAAGAAAGCCCUUGCAGAUUCUGACCCUCUUGGAGUCGACCCGAACGUCAAUUUCGAUGGUGUUGGUGGGCUUGACGAUCACAUCAACAAACUCAAAGAGAUGGUCAUGCUUCCUUUGCUCUACCCUGAAGUGUUCCAGCGCUUUAAGAUCACCCCGCCCCGAGGUGUUCUAUUCCACGGUCCGCCCGGUACUGGUAAGACGCUUCUUGCCAGAGCUCUUGCUUCUAGCGUUAGCACUCAUGGACAGAAGGUCACCUUCUAUAUGCGCAAAGGUGCUGAUGCUUUGAGUAAGUGGGUCGGAGAGGCUGAAAGGCAGCUCCGCCUACUGUUCGAGGAAGCGCGGAAAACACAACCAAGUAUCAUCUUCUUCGACGAGAUUGAUGGACUGGCGCCUGUUCGCUCCAGCAAGCAAGAACAGAUUCACGCUUCAAUUGUCGCUACUUUGCUCGCUCUCAUGGACGGAAUGGACGGCCGGGGACAAGUUAUUGUGAUUGGCGCGACCAAUCGUCCAGAUUCUGUAGACCCUGCGCUUCGGCGCCCAGGACGAUUCGAUCGCGAGUUUUACUUCCCAUUGCCAGAUGUCGCAGGUCGACGUUCUAUUAUUGAUAUUCACACGAAGAAAUGGGAGCCACCUUUGAAGCCAGAGAUGAAGGAUCAGCUUGCAGAGUUGACCAAGGGCUACGGAGGUGCCGAUAUUCGAGCGCUGUGUACAGAAGCAGCUCUCAAUGCAGUACAGGGGACGUACCCUCAGAUCUACACUUCUGAGAAGAAACUCUUGAUCGAUCCUAGCACCAUCAAGAUCCUAGCGAAGGAUUUCAUGAUCUCGGUCAACAAGAUGGUGCCAUCUUCGCAACGAACAGUCACCGCUAGUGCAGCACCACUGGGCAAGAACAUUGAACCAUUACUACGGAAGCCCCUAGCCGCAAUCUUGAAGCGCAUAGAUGAGCUCAUCCCUCGGAGGAAGAAGCUUACUGCACUUGAGGAAGCUGAGUACGACGACCGUGACGACGAGAAAGGCUUCGAGCGUGAAGCCACCAUGCGCAACUUUGAGAGUAGCAGAAUCUUCAGGCCUCGUUUGCUCAUCAGCGGCCUUCAAGGCAUGGGUCAGCAGUAUCUCGGUGCUGCACUCUUAAACAAGAUUGAGGGUCUGCAUGUUCAAUCUUUCGAUCUGCCAACUAUUCUUGAGGACUCCACCCGAGCGCCCGAAGCAGCCAUCACUCAGCUGUUUACAGAGGUCAGGCGACAUAAGCCUAGUGUCAUUUACAUCCCUUCAGUCGAUGUCUGGUACCAGACACUACCUGCACAAGCGAUCAAGACUUUCAAGCUCUUAUUGCGGAGUGUUGGCGCGAACGAACCGAUCAUGCUGUUGGGUGUCCUGGAAUCGCUCAGCGAGAAGGAGAAGCCUGAUCGCCAAAUGAUGAUGGAUUUGUUCUCCUUCUCGCAAUCCAACCAAUUUCAACUUAUGCGACCUGAUCAGGAAGGGCGGGCAGAGUUCUUUAACAACAUCAGUCAUUACAUUCGCAUGUCUCCAGCAGACUUUCCCGACCCGGACAACAGGAAGAAGCGAGUUCUACCUGAACUGGAGGCAGCACCGAUCGUUGUUCCAGUAGUAGAUCCGAAGGAGCUCGCAGCACGCGAGAAAUGGCAAAAGAAACAGGACAGACUUACUCUCAACAAAAUGAAGAUUGUCAUUCAACCUAUCAUGGAUCAACUGAAGAGGAGUCACAGGAAGUUCUUCAAGCCCAUCCUCGAGGAGUCUUGGUACGCCUAUCUACUCGAGGAGCAAGAUUCCGAUCAUGUGAGAUCAGACCUGCCACGUGAGCAACAAGAAGAGCAAGGUGUUAUACGCCCUUGGGAAUUCUCGAAAGACUCCAAAGGCGUGGACGUUCUACUGCACGUCGAGAGCGGCAAUAAAUACUACAAUCUGGAUCUAGGCACUAUCGAGAAACGCUUGUCAAAUGGUUACUACAAGCGCCCUGCAGAUUACCUCUUCGAUAUCAAGACCCUCGUAAAGGAUGCAAGGACGUUUGGAGAUGCUGAGCGGACUUUGAAGGGUAAUGAGAUGAUCACAAAUGUCGAAGUCGAUUUGGACAACUUCUUCAUGCACCAAAAUCCCGGCCUUCUCCAAGAGUGUGAAGCAGUCUAUCAGCGCGAACUCGAACGGGAGAGGAAGGCGCAGGAGAAGCGUGAGAGAGCCAUUGCCGCGAACAAAGAUUUCGACGAUGUUGCACGCGUACCACCAGAGCAGUCAAUCGGUACCACUGAGACGUCAGGGCCCAUUACCUUGGGUGAGCCUGUUCCUGGCCGUUUGGCUAUGCCACCAGUAACUCCGAUGCGAGCCCCUCACGCUGAAGGUUUGUCUAACGGCACGAGCGGUGACGGCACACAGCAUGCAAGGAAUGGCUCUACCGCGCCUUCCAACGAUGACACUCAUAUGACAGACAGCCAAGAUCUCAAUGCCAAUACGCACCACGACUUCCAAUUCCAGACCCCGAGCAGAAUCGAGGGUCAGGGCACACAAACGCAAAAGUCGCAGAUGUCCGGUCGUACGUUCAUGGCACCAAACUCGCACCCGAACGACUACCACAACAGCGCUUCUACGACGACUUCUGGUCAGAAGACUUCAAACAGGUCUUCGGACAACAAGUUUGGCACUCAGAGUAGCAACGGUGCUGCACCAUCCGGCAUACCCAACUUCUCAGAAAUGAUGCCCGAGCAAAACGGGUCGCAGCUUCCCGAUACACAAGGUUCGCCAACCCUUUUCCAUCAACGAUUUGAACUCUCCCCUCGUCUCUCAUUAGAACACACCACUGACCAUAUUUCCACUACAGAAGUACACUACGUCAGCAGUCAGCCGUCGAACUCACAACCAUCGCAACCUUCACAGUCAUUCCAACAGGUUACCUCUAUGCCAGCGCCUGCGUCCGCGCCUCCGCACCACUCGAACCUGAAUCAGAUCCUUAACGACGAAGAGCCGAAGCCACAGCUUAUUCUCGACGAUAAUUUGGUCACGUCGUUGCAUGACAAGCUGGUCCGUUCGACAUCUGGUUGUUCGCUCGAGCAGCUGGAGCAGAUCAAUGCCGCGCUCAUGGACGCCAUCUGGAAGCACCGCUCAGACUACAAUCGUAAUCUCGUCCUUAAGGAGGUCACCGAGGCGUUCAACGUUAUCAUUAAGGACAUCGAGACGAUGCAAGAGAUCCUUAAGUCGAGCCAAGAAGAGGAAGAAGCAGAACUACGGCGGCAGUAUCACUCCACACAAGACGAUUGGUUCUCGCAAACACAGGCGCGUCGCUAA